AUAAGCCAAAAAAGAGAGACAGAUGGGUAAGGAUCGAUCUCCACAUGUUCUCGUCUUCCCCAUCCCAUUACAAGGCCAUAUAAACUCCAUGAUUAAGCUAGCUGAACUUCUAGCUCUCGCCGGCUUCAGACUCACGUUCCUCAACUCCGAUCUCAACCAUAAUCGCCUCCUCAAGUUCACAAAUUUUGCUACCCACUUCGCAAGAUACCCAGGGUUCGAAUUCAAGACCAUAACCGAUGGUCUCCCUCUUGAUCAUCCCAGAUCGGGGAACUGGUUUAUGGAGAUGUACGAACAGGUCAUCGAAACGAAAAUGAAGCAAAAUUUGAGAGAGAUGCUCUUGAACAUCAGUCCACCGGUGGAUUGCAUAAUCGGAGAUGGGUUUUUAGGGUUUUCUAUUGAUGUUGCAAAGGAGCUUGGAAUCCCCAUCAUUUGUUUUCGUACCAGCAGUCCCCAUGGCUUCUGGGCUUAUUAUUCUAUCCCUGAUAUAAUCCAAGCUGGGGAGCUUCCUAUUAAAGGAAGUGAAGACAUGGACCGGUUGAUAACAACAGUGCCAGGCAUGGAAACUUAUCUCCGAUGUCGAGAUCUUCCGAGUUUUUGCCGAGCACCUGAUAUGGAAGAUCCAAUUAUCAAACUUGUUGUUAAAGAGACACGAAGGAGCACUCAAGCUGACGCCUUGAUACUAAACACUACCGAAGAGCUCGAUGGGCCUAUACUAUCUCAAAUAUGCACCAAAUGCCCUACCGUCUAUGCCAUUGGACCCAUCAAUGCUCAGUUAAACACCCGACUCAAGGCAGAACAUAGAGAACCGCAUGAUCAUUUCUCGAACACUCUUUGGGAAGAAGAUGAAAGCUGCAUUUCUUGGCUUGACAAGCAACCAAAUCGAUCCGUUAUCUAUGUAAGUUUUGGUAGCAUUACGAGCAUGUCAAGGGAGAAACUUGUAGAGCUUUGGUAUGGACUUAUUAAUAGUAAAGCAAAGUUCUUGCUUGUUGUAAGGCCAAAUUUUGUGACUGGAGAUGAAGGGGAGGAUGAUGUUGUAUGUGAGCUUUUGGAGAAGACUAAGGAUCGAGGCUACACUGUCCAUUGGGCACCACAAGAGGCGGUUUUGAACCACCCAGCCGUUGGGGGGUUCUUGACUCAUAGCGGAUGGAACUCCACAUUGGAGAGCAUUGUUGCUGGGGUACCUAUGAUUUGUUGGCCUUACUUUGCUGACCAACAAGUGAAUAGUAGGGCUGUGAGUGAGGUGUGGAAAAUUGGGUUGGAUAUGAAGGAUGUUUGCGAUAGGAAGACAGUGGAGAAAAUGGUGAAUGAUGUGAUGGUGGAUCAGAAGGAGUUUUCAAAAUCAGCAACCGAAUUGUCUCAAGUAACCAAUAGAUCCGUUAGUGUCGGUGGGUCUUCGUAUAAUAAUUUGGACCGUCUAGUUGAAGAUAUUCGAGUAAUGUGCUUGAAAACCCCACAAAAGAUGAUGGCUUCAUAAGGAAGAACUUUACCUACGGUAAGUAAUUUUCUGGGUUGGAUGAUCUUUUAGUACAAAUGUCAUUGUCGAUCGUUUUCAUGAUCCAACGGCAAUUCAUAAUCAGUAUUGAUGAUUAUAAGUCACGUUUCAGUGUGAAUUAUGUAUCUAAUCUCUUACAGCGUAUUAAAGUGCCUAUUUUACCAAAUCAUAAUAACACGAUCCGAUGGCUUCUGAUAUAAUCAAACUCGAUAAGAGUUUUUUU